GGUCUGACAAGAGAGAAUGGCAAUCCUGCCUUUAAACUGUCACUAGGACCGACCGUGCCGACGAUGAAUCCAGCAGAGCUCCGGGCUCCACGGCGAAACACUGAGCAAGAGAAUGUGAAGACAUAUUUCAGGACAUUGUGAGUGCUACUAAAGAUGUCUGAUAGUGUCGAUAUUGAAGAGAAACCACCAGCCCCCCCCUUGAGAAUGAACAGUAGUUCCCGAGACUCUUCAUUGCUGAAUCACGCCUCCAAACCGCUUCCAAUGGCUCCCGAAGAGAAAAACAAGAAAGUCCGCCUGCGCUCCAUCUUCCCCGGGGGAGACAAGACAAACAAGAAGAAGGAGAAGGAGCGUCCUGAGAUAUCCCUACCUUCAGACUUUGAACACACCAUUCAUGUCGGCUUUGAUGCUGUAACGGGAGAAUUCACAGGAAUCCCGGAGCAAUGGGCCCGGCUCCUACAGACCUCGAACAUCACCAAGCUGGAGCAGAAGAAGAACCCGCAGGCCGUGUUGGACGUCCUGAAGUUCUACGACUCCAAAGAGACCGUCAACAACCAGAAAUACAUGAGCUUCACCUCAGGAGACAAGUCGGCACAUGGGUACAUAGCAGCAAACACUCUGAACCGACUGCUGUCAUCUGGGCCUCCUGUCAGCCUUAGAACCUGCAGCGCAUUAUUUGACAAGGGUGCCAAAACAUCAUCGUCAGAGCCCCCGAUCGCUCCACCUGUGUCCGAGGAGGAGGAUGAGGAAGAGGAAGAAGAGGAGGAGGAGGAGGAAGAGGAGGACGAUGAGGACGAGCUGCCCCCGGUUAUCGCACCUCGGCCCGAGCACACCAAAUCUAUCUACACGCGCUCUGUGAUGGAGCCGAAGCCUCCCACCCCUGUGAAAGAAGUGGUGACUCCACCGGAGUCGCAGGUCCAGCCGGAUAACACGUCCAACACAAUGUACCGCCACACUGACCGCCAGAGGAAGAAGUCCAAAAUGACAGAUGAGGAAAUCCUGGAGAGACUUAGGAGUAUUGUGAGCGUGGGGGAUCCCAAAAAGAAGUACACGCGCUUCGAGAAAAUAGGACAAGGAGCGUCCGGCACUGUGUACACUGCCAUCGACAUAGCAACUGGCCAAGAGGUGGCCAUCAAGCAAAUGAACCUGCAGCAGCAGCCCAAGAAGGAGCUGAUCAUCAAUGAGAUCCUGGUGAUGAGGGAAAACAAAAACUCCAAUAUAGUGAACUACCUGGACAGUUACCUGGUAGGAGAUGAGCUGUGGGUGGUGAUGGAGUAUUUGGCCGGCGGCUCGCUGACAGAUGUAGUGACUGAGACCUGCAUGGACGAGGGCCAGAUCGCUGCAGUCUGCAGAGAGUGUCUUCAAGCCCUGGACUUCCUACACUCCAACCAGGUGAUCCAUAGAGAUAUAAAAAGUGACAACAUCCUCCUCGGUAUGGACGGAUCCGUCAAGCUCACCGACUUUGGCUUCUGUGCCCAGAUCACUCCAGAGCAGAACAAGCGCAGCACGAUGGUGGGAACACCCUACUGGAUGGCACCCGAGGUGGUGACCCGCAAGGCUUAUGGCCCAAAAGUGGACAUCUGGUCUCUGGGGAUCAUGGCAAUAGAGAUGGUGGAGGGAGAACCCCCCUACCUGAAUGAGAAUCCACUAAGGGCGCUGUACCUGAUAGCGACCAACGGGACUCCAGAGCUGCAGAACCCAGAGAGGCUGUCAUCUGUGUUCAGAGACUUCCUCAACCGCUGUCUGGAGAUGGAUGUGGACCGCAGGGGCUCUGCCAAGGAGCUGCUCCAGCAUUCCUUCCUCAAGCUGGCGAAGCCUCUAUCCAGCCUGACGCCUCUGAUUGUAGCUGCGAAGGAAGCCAUAAAGAACAGCAGUCGCUAGGGGGUGCCCCUCUGUCCCCACCCGAGGCUGGAGCCCUGCCUGUGAUUGGUGUGCGUUCACGGGAGGCGGGGCAGGGGCUUGGGUGUUUUGGAUGGUGGGUGACGUGACGGUGGCGGCACAAGGAGGAAUAAGGGUGGGGGUUUGUGUGACUUACCGUGACAGCACAAGGACAAAAGACCCCCCCCAGGCCUCAUACGUAGGACGGACAUCUGGCCUUGCAGCCUCUCGGCCCAUGCUGCUGGAAAAAGACCUUGCCUCCUUGUUUACUU